CCCGAUACAAGUGGACCAAACUCCAAUGUAUAUUUUAUUUGAUUAUUGUGUGUGUAUAUAUUUAUGUUGUAAAAAUCCAACACUAUCUAUCUUUUCACAUUCGUCACAUCCCCACUAGAGAAAGAAAGAGAUAUUUGUCUCUCUCUCUCUCUCGUUUUCGCUUUCAUAUUGAGUUUGACUCUUCGCCAGCCACCGCCUCCUCUCUAUCUCUCUCCAUCAAUGGCGACACCAUACCUCUCCCUUCAACCUCUUUAAGUAAAAAAAAAAAAAACUUUUUGCUUUCUCUUUCUCCUCUCCCAUACACUUCAUUUCUCAAAACCCUAGAUUCACCAAAAUAAACCCUUCUCUUCUUCUUCUUGUCUUUAUGUUCUUGUUUCUUUCAUGUCCACAUGGAUUCUUGUAACAGUGGAAGCUUACAAUCUUCGAGCGAUGAUCACGAGUCUUCAUCAACUGGUGCUCCACAAGAUCACUCCUCUUUCUUCCUCCCACCCUUCCAACCACCACCGUCUUCCUCCACCUACUACGGUGACCCAACAACCCUCUCUUCCUCCUCCUCCUCCUCCGCUACUUAUCUAAACUUUGUCAACAAUCUCAUCUCCGACGACAUUCUUAACCAAACUCAUCUCCUCCCUCCUCAACCUCCACCACCUCCUCCUCCUCCUCCUCCCUCUUCUUCCCGAAACCCUAGAAAACGAACAAGAGCUUCAAGAAGAGCUCCUACAACUGUUCUCACCACCGACACUUCUAACUUCAGAGCUAUGGUUCAAGAAUUCACCGGCGUCCCUGCCUCUCCUUUCUCUCACCCUUUCUCCUCCACUACUCGCCGCUUCGAUAUUUUCCGAUCUCCUUCCGAUCCUCUUACUUAUAACCCUUUUCGUCCUAUCCCUCAAAAACCUUUGAAUCCUUCAACAUCUUCUUUACUCAACCUUCAUCACCACACAACUACUUCCAUGACGUUUCCUGAUCUACCUCUCCCUCAAACUCACCAAGUUUCUACGUUCCAGUCUCUUUUAUCUCAUCAACAUCAUCAUCAACCAACACUCUCCUCUCUUCACGACCUUGACUCGAUGAAUCUUGGAGCAUUACAACAAAAUCACCAUCCUACGGCUGAUGAUGACAACCACCAGCUAAUGAUGAGGCAGUUCUCGGAGUUUGAUCGCCGGACAGAAAAGCCACCGGAGAUUCAUAAUAACAUUUCCUCUUCUUCUUCAGCUCCGAUCAAAGGCUCUUCAGGUACUACUACUACUACAACAACAACAGUUGAUCCCUGGAUUUGCCCUACAGAUUCCAAUAAUUAAAUAUCAUAUUACAUUAUUUUUUAAUAAUUGAAACCUUAUCUUAAAAUCAGAUUGUAGUCACUGAGAUUGAAUUAUCAUAAUUUUUUUUACGAAUGAUAUAUUCCGUCGAAAUAUUUAUUCUCAUAUCUAGUGAUUAUACUCUGUCUACACGUUACGAUGACCCAUAAUGGGGUAUAUGAUUCUCUCCACAUGUUGUAAGUACUGUAUGUAAUAUAAUGUAUCUAUGUAUAUGUUUUUACGUUACAAAUUUGGCUCUUAGGUCUUGAAGAGAAUCUAAUUCGGAUUUGGUUCGUUGGUCUACAAGGACAGUUCACACGUGUAAUGUGUUUUGUUCCAUCGUUACUUUGACAUAUCUUCCCUCUAUAUAUUAUAGGUUUUGUAGUCUAAUUAAUGUCCCGGCAACUUUUUUUUAACUACUCUCCAUCCCUGUCUGUACGAAAUAAAAAGCUAGGUCUUAGUAUUUGUCCCUUUCUUUUUCAAUGUAGUUUUUUUUUUCUAUUUUUGUUAAAAUGUUUUCGACGUAGUUAGCUAGAGCCUAG